AUGGACCGUACCAUUUUGUCUGCUGGGGGUAAUUAUUGUAUUUCUCCGGUGCCUCGAUGCUGAAAAAUAAAAGGAGUCCGUUUCAGUGAGUAUUUUGUGUAACAAAACGGAUGUGAAAGCGGGAGAAGGAAACGGUGACUUUUAGCAAGGCGUAUUUUCUGUUGCUGUAUAUGAUUGAGUUGAGACAUUCCUUCCUCCCCCAUGGGUGAUCAGCUGUGAAACUGCUGUUCCAGAACAAAAACAUCAGAGAGAGAGAGAGAGAGAGAGAGAAGCACUGCAAUCCAACACACAGAGAGCAGAGAAUAAAAACACCUUUAUACAGUCGUUAUCUGGAUUAGAUUAACACCAGGAUCAGAACUUUUAAUUACAUGCACACGGUUUGAACUGCAUGCAAACAUCUGGAUCCUGCACUCCAAACCUCUUUCCCAGCGCUUUUCAUCUGGUCUGACCAAUCGACAGGAAAGAGUUUGGGGAAAAAAUGCCAUUCGGUAAUGAUAAAAGCAGCGGUAGCGAUGGUCAACUGAGUGAUUCUGACUCAUCACGCCUGUCGGAAAGCAUGAGCGACUCUCCAAGAGAUAGCUUUACCAGUGAUUCUUCAAGCAAGCAUGCGUCCCCAGUCUCAAGUCCUCCGAAAGCAGUGACCUUUGAUGAAGUCAUGGCGACCACAAGAAACAUGUCUAAUUUAAUGCUGGCCCAUGAAAUUGUAACAAAUGAAAAUUUCCAUUUGGAUACCAUCGAUCCUCCAAAAAACAGUUUAGAAGGAAAGGUAAAGCAGAUUGUUCACAAAGCAUUUUGGGAUUGCUUGGAGUCAGAAUUGAACGAAAAUCCCCCCCAGUAUGAACACGCAAUCAAACUAUUUGAUGAAAUUAAAGCGAUUUUGCUUUCCUUCCUAACACCCGGUACAAACCGGUUGCGAACCCAAAUCUGUGAAGUGUUAGAUGUGGACCUUAUAAGACAGCAAGCCGAGCAUAACGCAGUGGAUAUUCCGAAGCUUGGAAGUUAUAUUAUUAAUAUAAUGUCUAAGUUAUGUGCUCCGGUCCGAGACGAAGAUAUUAAAAAGUUGAAAGCAAGCGGUGACGUUGUACAAAUGUUAAGGGAUGUUUUUCAUGUUUUGGACCUCAUGAAAAUGGAUAUGGUUAACUAUACUAUCACCAACAUAAGACCACAACUUCAGCGGCAGUUGGUAGAAUAUGAAAGAGUAAAGUUUCAGGAGAUACUUGAAAAAACACCAGAUGCUCUCAAUCAGACAACAGAGUGGAUUAAGGAAUCUCUUAAAGAUGCUCUAGAAAAAACAUCCCAACAAACUGCUUCUGGCGCUAAUGGGGUAUCAGUGAAUCAUUUAAGUCCAACUCUGGUGCUAAACAGUGGCUACUUGAAACUUCUACAGGAGGAAUAUCACAGCGCUAUACCAGAGACGCUUAUUACAGAUGACUCGCGUAUUCAGGAGUUGAAGCUGAAACUCUUGCAGGUUAAGCUUACCGCCUGCAUUUGCCUCAUUACCCAGAAUGCAAUGGGGCCUUACUGCACAAACGGAUUGACUGACACCAUAAAAGAAAUUACAAAGGUUCUUCUGCAGGGAAUGAACAGCAAGACAUUUAAUUUGAAGGAGACACUGGAUGCAUUAAGUAUUAAGGUCUGCACAGAGAUGAAUAAAUCAUUGACGGGGAGAGAGUUAUCCCCACUCAGUACAGAGGCACAGUCUUUCUUGGUUGGACAGAUCUGCAGCAUCACUGAAAAAGAUCAUCCCAUCUGCAACUUAAUUGAAAAGCGGAUCAAUGAGUAUUUAAACAUAUUCCUUUGUCUUCCUUAUCCAUACAAGCGUGUCCCUAAAAUUCCUGGAGGUCUCACGUCUGUUGGUCAAGAGUUAGAAUUUAUAGCAGUUCAUUACGCCAACAUUGUGAAUCUUAACAAACAAGUGUAUGGACCAUUUUAUGCUGGUAUCUUCCGGAAGCUGCUUUUUAGUGAUGCACCAGAGGCAAAGCCUGAAACCGUGUCAUAAUAAUUUUUCACAAGUUCCAAUUAAUAAAUUACUGCACAUAAUUUUGUAAAUAUAUGUAUCUUAACCAAUUGCCUAUUUGAAAAAGGCAAUAAGAGAAAUGACCUUUAUGAAUUAAAAGUUUAGCUCUACCCAGAUGAGUAGAGUUGAAUUUGUUUAAAUUGUGCCCAUAGGCACAAAGAUAUAUAGACUGAAAGACGAUGUCACUGGGUGAUGCCAUUUCUGCUUCUGGGUUUUUAUAGAAUACAGUGACCUGCUCUUGUUUUUCUGUAGAGCAUUCAGACUGGGGUAGUCAGUCUGCUGCUCUCCAGACGUUCUACAACUUCCAUAAUUGUUAGGAAGUUAAAUAUUCACAAGUUGCCAGUUCACUUAUCCCAGUUUUAGACUAUUUUGUUCUUUUAUCCCACGGAUAAUGAAUGAAGACAAUUUCACUGUAUAGUUUUUUUUAAAGCUUAAAGGGACACUCCAGGCAUCAAUACAACAUUGAUGAUUUUAAUAGGUUUUGACCACAUUAAAGGAAAACUGUAGCGUUGGGAAUACAAAAAUGUACUCCUAACACUAUAGUGUUCAGCUAAUUAAUUAUGCAUCUACGCUGGUCUCUGCACUGUUGUCCUGCGUUCUUGGCUGAGAUUAGGAGUCUUGGUGUUCUGAGCAAAUCCAGUCAUUCUCCUAGGGAAACAUUGAAGAAUAGUACGCAUGUGCAAUAAAUUGCAAGUCUGCACCAGUCAGCGUUCCAUAGAAGCGAAUGCAUCUCUAUGGGGAGCAUUCAGCGUCUCCAUACAGAGCGUGGAAGUCCUGCAAAGAGUAUAGGACCCCAUCAAGGAAGUGCCUCUCGUGGCUGUCCAAGUGACAGCCGCAAGAGGUGAACUUAGGAAGAAAUGUAAACUCUGCCUUUUCUCUGUAAAGGCAGCAUUUACACUGCUGACCCUUCAGGGACCGACUAUAUGCCCCAGAACCUCUACAUUAAGUUGUAGUGGUUCUGGUGACUAGUGUCCCUAUAAUAUGCUGUAUUGUUUUUCAUGUUCAAUAUUUUUGGGUGAAUACACAAAAGGAUGAAUGUUUUGCAGCAUGCUGCUCCAGAAGCCUACACACAACUCUACCCUAAACAGCACUGAGUGAGUUGACUUUAAUUUCAAUUGGCUGCCCACAGUCGGAGAAACUACAGAUAAUGAUAUCCUUACUAUAUGUCUCCCUGGGUGUCCUCUCCUAAUGCAGGUUGCUUGUAGAUCAGAUCAUUCAGUACUGUCAGUGACUGAGCUGUCUGCAUACAUUUGAUCAGGAAGUAUUUUUCUAUAGUAAAGGUGGUGUGGCUAAAGAGGCAGGCUUCUUGCUCCGCAUUUAUUUUUUUGUGCAAAAACUAUAAAGAUUUGGGCAUGUAAAAAAUAAAUCCAGCAUAUUAAUGAUCCAAAACCUAUGAAUACUUUCAAGUUUUAUUGAUGCCCGUAAAGUCCUUUUAAAUGUAGAAGUGUUUGUUUAGCAUUUUGAAAUGAGCUCACUCGAGCUCAUUCCUAUUACAUAAAAUAUCAAAACACAUGAUUUUUUGGCAUUAUAUGGACUUUAAAGAAUAAUGUAAAAUUAUUUUAUUAUAUAUUUUUUUUCAUUGUAACUAUACUAGUAGAUGGUUAUAUCUAACUAGGCAUUUCCUAGUUUAACGUUACAAAAAACAACAUUGUAAUCCUCUUCCAUGCAAAAAAGCAGACAAAGUGUCUGAACUUCUGCCAUCUUUUCUUUUGGUAUUAUUAGAAGACAAUAUCCACAUAUUAACAGUUUUGUUUUGUUAUUUUUAGCAUUGAACAUAUAUACACAUGCAUUUCUGCAGGUUGAUGAUCUAUCCAUACUCAAUAAUCCGCUUUCUGAAACUAAACCAGUUUUGUUUGUGUUAACUUGCAUGUGUAGCAGUUACGUGUUCUCUUUAUGUGUAUUCUCUAGGUCCAUUUUGUGUUACAGCUUUACUGAUAUUUGUGCAACACCAUAGCUAAAUAAAGUUUUUAUAUAUGGGUUCUGCUUUUUUUCCCUUCACUUUUGAGCGUUUUAUAUGUUUAAAUUUACUUUGUAUGCCUUGCCCGCCAAUGCAAUAGCUUGUAAUUACAUUUAAAUCAAAGAGGCCGUACAUGCAGGAUUAAUCGCAUUUAAAACUUGCCUACAUUUGUGCAGCAUUUCUCCUACAUUUGUGCAGAAGCCUCAGCUCACAUAAAUGUGCUCGGAAAACCAUGGGGUGAUGAAGUCGCCUUGGCGGUAGAGGUUCUAUAGAGGUAAAUGUGCUUUAUACUUACCCAUGCUGCACUGCUAGCCCCGGUAAGAGUUUUGAUAAUUCUUUAACCAGCCUGCUCUGAAGUCCUCAUGUUUUGGUGACAAUGCAGUUUUCUCAGGAUCUUGUUAGCAAAGGUAGAUGAUAUGGUUCUGAAUUACCAACGCACCAAGUCAUCAUUUUUUUUUUUUUGCUUAUGACAGAUCCUUUUAUAGACCUGUCUUAAGACCUCUUGAUGUUCAGUGAUAUCUAUAUUUACCAUCAGGAAAUAUCUGCAGGCCUUACCUUAGCUUUGUAGGAUUCUGUAUUUUAAUCAGUAUUUUAUGUUCUGCACAUCACUCACCUUUUCUAGACAAUUCCCACUGCUUCCUCAUUUUCUGUAUUGAUGGAUUUGUUUUGCUGGUGGUCUCUCAUAUGUAACGUUAGUGUUUUCUUUUAUAUUGUAUUUUAAAUCCUAAAUAGCACACAGAAAAAGUAAGUGUUAAUACUUUGUUACAUGCUUUUUAAUUCUUCUUUAUAUUUUAGGUUGAAUUCUUAUUAUCAAACUUUCAUUGCAUGUUUAAAAAAGAUUUGUGGUGCAUCCUUUAUAUGCCUGUCUUUAUUUUUUAUGGGUUUAAAUAAUUUUAAUUAAGCUGCACAAGUUAUUUGUUGUCAUCUACAUAUAUUUUAGCAGCAUGCGUGUGAUCAUAUCUUGUUACAUACGUGAUGUUAUUCAGCAGAACCUUGGAAAUCCUUGUGUUUCCUUUGUGGUCAAGUCCAAGCGAGUGUAGAUUGUAAUUGCAAGAUGCCUUGGUAUCUUGAACAAUAUAGGUCACGGUCAUCUGCUAUGUCCGAGGUGGUCACUGCGAUCUUAUAUUGAUUAUAAAAGUCCAGAUUGUAAGUGAGACUCGUGAGUCCAUUGACCAAUCAGGCUGAUCAUUGCUGCAAGACUGUAGAAUUAGGUCAAUGUAUACUUUUACAUUUUAACAGCAUUUUUAUAGAUUAUCGUGUAUAACCAUCACAUUGCUGUGUUUAUGAUUUGUCAGACAUACAAAUCUAUGUACUAUAAAGGGUGUCCUUAAAGAAUUUCAAAAUACUUCUGGUGCUGUUAAACUUUUUUGACUGAAAAAAAAAAAGAUGUCUGCUCUGGUACAAACCAUGUUGAUCUCAAGAGAGGCACAUUUUUGUUUUUUAAUUAAAAAAAGUUUUUCAAAGAAAGGCUAUACAUUUGGUAGUUUUUGUAUGUCAACCAUCUUUACUAAUGCAAUAAAAAAUAUAUAUGUCUAUUCAA